AGCAAAUCCUUUGGGCAAAAAAUAGAGAAUGGAGAAUGUGCUCACUGCUCAGUUGGUGGUGGAGCCUGUGCACGCUGGUGGAGCCUGUGGUCGCUGGUGGAGGAUGUGCUCGUCGGUGGACGCUGUUGUCGCUUGUGGAUGGUUCUCCGAUGGUCUUCCUCGUCAGAGAGUAGCUGAGGAGAGCUGAGUGGUUAUGUUUUAAAAUUUUUGAUCUGAUCUGUAAAAUUUAAGUGGUUGGACUAAUCGUUCAAAUCGUCAUCGAAAUUGACGUUUUUAACCCUUUUAUUUUUUUAAAUGUCUGUUAAGCUUUGUUACAAAACGCCACGUCAUUAAAAACGUUAUUCGUAACGACGUUUUUAAAAAAAAAAUUGAAUUUUAGAAUUAAGUUUAAAACGUAAUUGGAUUAUAGAAUUAAGUUUUGAGGGCCGAGUUUGGAAAAAAGCUCAAACAAGCAGUGCUCGACACUUUCCUUCUCUUCUUGGUAAACCAAGACGGCUCUCGUUGCCCGGUCAACGAAACACCCUAUAGAGAUAAAUUCACUGUAGAGAAAGAAACAGAGGUGUUUUGGAGAGAGAAAAUGGACAAUAUGUGGAAAGAUAUCAUCCUUCAGGCAGCCGUAUUUCUCCUCAUCAUCGUCGUGUUCCUGUUAAUUCACAACAUCCCCCAAAAACUCAUCUCCAAGAUCCGUUACAGAGACCGACCCAUUCACCAAGCCAAGCGACACUUCGUCAAUGGCGCUCAGCUCUUAGCCCAAGCCAGAUCUUCCAAAGACCGAUCCGCCGUCGAUUCGCUAGCCAAAUCGGCCGAGUCCGAAGCCGAUAAAGCGAUCGCUAUCGAUCCGACGGACGCGGCGUCUCAUAUAUUGAAAGCCCUAGCUCUCGAACUCCAAGGGUUCAAGACCUCGGCUCUUGACUCGAUCGAUAUCUCUCUGUCGCCGUUGGCAGUGAAGUCUCUGGAGGAGAAUGAGAGAGGGGACGCGUUGUUGAAGAGAGCUGAGUUGAGACUCGCGGUGAGUCGACGCGGACAGAUUGACUCGGUGGUUCAGGACCUGGUUGAGUCGGUGAGGUUGAAGAAUGAUAAUGCCAAGGCGUAUUUUUUGUUGGGCGAGUGUUAUGAGAAGAAGAGUAUGAGAGAAGAGGCGAGGACGGCUUAUGAGGACGCGAUUAGGGUCGAGCCCAAGUACAAAGUGGCUCGAGAGGCACUGGACCGGUUGGGUUCGUAGUCCAAGAGGAUCAUGUUUUGGAUGCUUUUGUAUUUUGUAUUUUUUUUUUUUUGGGUAAUUUUCUCUUUUCUUAAAUUAGCAAUGUUGGUGUGUAAUUUUAUUUUCAACCCCCUGGGAGUAUAAAAAUAUCUC